CUCCGCGCCCCAACUUUCAUGGUGCCCCUGAAGACCGACUCCGGGCAGAACAAGGAGAACUUGAUCGGAUACAAGUAUGAAAAGGAGGCCGAAUUGAAAGGCACAGAUAAAAUUGCACCUGCUACAUACCCUAACUAUCUUCCAGUCUGGGACAAUGAGACUCAGAGAUACCCUCCUCUAGAACAUUUCGAGCACUACGAUCACGGCAAAGAUGCCGAUCCCAACUUUCCUGACCUAUUCUCCAAAGGCCAGGCCGAAGUAGAUGAAAUUACCCCCUUCAUCGGCUCCGAGGUCCACGGCGUACAAUUGAGCAAGCUUUCCAACGCUGGGAAGGACCAACUCGCUCUCUAUGUUGCUCAACGACGAGUCGUCGGUUCGUCAAUCACAUCCAUUCCAAACAAUAACUACAUGCUAACAUCCACAGCCUUCCGUGACCAAGACUUCGCUUCCCUCCCCAUCCAAGAAGCCGUCGACUAUGCCGGCUACUUCGGCCGUCACCACAUCCAUCAGACGUCCGGCGCCCCGAAAGGCUUCCCCGAGAUCCACCUCGUGUUCCGCGGCGCAGACGACCGCACUGGCGCGAAGUUCCUCGAACAGCGCACAAACACCAUUACUUGGCACUCAGAUGUCACUUUCGAGAAGCAGCCUCCUGGCACGACCUUCCUGUAUGCUCUCGACGGGCCGUCCACCGGCGGAGACACGCUGUUCGGUGACAUGGUACAGGCAUACAAGCGCCUAUCCCCCGAAUUCCGCAAACGCCUGCACGGGCUGAAGGCUGUGCACUCCGGUUUCGAGCAGGUCAAUGCGAGUUUGAACGGCGGUGGCAUUGCGCGUCGUGAUCCCAUCACGUCCGAGCAUCCCAUUGUCCGCACUCACCCCGUGACGGGCGAGAAGGCUCUCUAUGUGAACCCGCAAUUCACCCGCUACAUCGUCGGAUACAAGAAAGAGGAGUCGGACUUUCUGCUCAAGUUCUUGUUUGAUCAUAUCGCCUUGUCGCAGGAUCUUCAGGCACGUAUCCGCUGGAAGGCUGGUACCGUGGUUGUUUGGGAUAAUCGUCUAGCUUGUCACUCUGCGGUAUUUGAUUGGGAGGAUGGACAAAGACGCCACAUUGCGAGAAUUACGCCUCAGGCUGAGCCUCCGUUUGAGACCCCGUUCGAGGGGUAG